AUGCUGGAUCCUGAAUCAACGAGCGCUUCGCUCAAUUCGGAUCCAACUCAUGGCCAACUACAGGAACCACUUCUAAAGGCACUUUCAUUCCUUCGUGCCAUGAACUAUGAUCACAAGAGCCCAACUCUCUGGCUUAUACUCACCAAUCUCGAAAAUCAAAUCGGUGAAGGGGUCUACGAGCCUCCAGAUGUGUUUUCAUUCUUUCCAGCUGACUUUGUUCCAGGGAAGCUUUCUGGGUCUACCUUGUUUUCACCAGAAUCAAGAGAGCUGAAUGCUGGAACCAUAACUGGAUUUUUGGAUGGGUUAUUCACUACAGCAAAAUACGGCAUGAUACCCCAACUCUGUUUUGGUGGCCUUGGUGGUGAAAAGCCAAGAGGGACCCGAAGGUGUCCUCCUCAACGUAGGAUUGGGGACUAUUCUUAUUCAAUGGGUAAUCUGAUGUACAUGCCCACCACAAUCACGGCAGAAGGAAUUGUGAACGAGCUCGCUUUGCUCUUGACAGCUGAUCGACUGCAGGAGGCUCAUCGGUAA